GGCAGCAAUGCACAGAACUAGCUCCUCAGUUGGUGCCCUGCCAAGAAAGAGCUGAUUUAUAAGCAUCGGAGGCUUUGGGUUGCGCGUGAGAUCUGUUUCAUAGUGUGAAUGGAUGCCAUCAGUAUAAGUUGCACCAAUCCUCACUGGUGAUUGUUCCUGUGGACGUCGCCUUUGAAGUGUAUUGGUCACACGAAUAGACUGUUUCCGGAUCACCAUCAUUUGUUGGACUGCCCGGUGGGUUGUAAUCCCAUCGUAAAGUAUAAUCCUGGGUUUAUCUUGUAAAGGUUUGUGGAUUUAAAAUGACAAACGCAUCGGAUCAACGCCAAUGAAUCUUUAAGCUUGGCACAAUGAUGGUGGAAGUACCACGGCGGAUCCUUGGUCCUAGAGAGGCCUUGCACAGCCUUGCCAUCGUUCAGAGGGGUAAUGGAGUUUGCCACGCGACUUUUAAGAUUCGAAGGAGAGCCCUAAAGGCACCGAGAGAGGCCUGCAAUCCUCCCCAAGCAGCCGUUUCGCAAUAUUUGCAGGACGUGCUUGUGACAAUUGGGCAGCCCUCGCCAAGAUUGCCUGCUGGCCUGCUGGUGAAUUCAGCUGUCUUUGUUCUGGGCAUAAAUGUCCUUCUCAAAGGGUUGACAGCCGCAGGAGUGUUGCAUUCGUGGGCGCUGGGCACUGCAGUUUACUCGGCAUUUGGCGCUGGCGGCUAUGUCCUCGUCUGCCUGUACUUCAUCCUUGGCUCUGCGGUGACAAAGGUGAAGCUGGCUCAGAAGCAGAAGGAGGGCAUUGCAGAGGCCCGCUCCGGCCGGCGCACCAUUGGCAGUGUAUGGGGUUCGGGCCUGGCAGGCAUGCUGUGUGCUGUGGCGGCACUGGUGACCGGGCGCUUGGAGCCGUGGCAGAUCGGCUUUGUGGCCAGCUUUGUUAGCAAGCUGUCUGACACCGUCUCUUCCGAAAUUGGCAAGGCGUACGGGCGCACAACCUACCUAAUUACAACGCUGGAGAGGGUCCCCAGGGGUACGGAGGGCGCAGUGAGUGCAGAGGGGACCGCAGCUGGCGCAGCGGCAGCUGUCUUGUUCGCCGGCAUCGCUAUUCUUGUGGGACAGGUGGGUUGGAGAGAAGCACUGAUUGUGGCCGCAUCAGCGACAGUGGCAAAUCUUUUUGAGAGCUACCUGGGAGCUGUGGUGCAGGGGCGUGUAGACUGGCUCACCAAUGAUGUGGUCAACAUGAUUCAGAUCUGUUUGGCAGCAGCUCUGGCCAUUGCAGGACAUGCCCUGCUAUGAGGAAUACUGUUAAUGCUCACAUGCGCAUAAAUGGCCCCAAUUUUGAGCGGUGAGAAAGCUUUACCUCAGUUCGCCAGGAAGUCAGAAAUAAGCUGGAUUUUGGGAGAUGCAUGCUACUCUUUGUACUUUUAUCUUGUCUGUAUAGAUGUGGACGAUACACCCACUCUUCCUGUGCGCAAUGUCUGCGAGCAUGUGCAUUUCUGUUUGCAUGGCUUCAGUGCCUACAAUUUUCUGCUCCUCAAUAGUGUUUUAGUACAAAGUGGUAUUGUCGUACAGAUGAGAGUGAAUGUGAAUGUGCACAUUUCCACGCUGGCAUUGUGGCAUAUUCAGGACAUUGGCAAACUUGUGUUUGGACGCUACGUCAUUUAUAUUAGCUGCCACAUGUACCCUAUGGCCAUGUAAAAAUGUCUAGAC